GUCUGACCCCAUGUUACUGUGCGGCGCACGACCCCCUAGGUACCUCACAUGACCAUCUCCAGCCCAAGUCACCGUCCCAGAACACCACCCGCCCGCAACAGCCCCAGAAAAUGGCAACCGUCUCUAAAAAGACCAAAAUGGCCGAUCUCAUCAACUACAGACUCAAGGUCUCGAUUCUUGAUGGGCGCACGUUUUCGGGCCAGCUUUUGGCGUUCGACAAGCACAUGAACGUCGUUUUGGCAGACACUGAAGAGGCCCGGGUCACGAAAAAAGCAUACCGCGAGUUGGCAAAGACCAAGGUGGACGGGCAGGUGAAAAUCCCGGAGGAAAAGCGGUUUUUGGGGCUUGUCAUCUUGCGCGGGGAGCAGGUGGUGAAUGUCACGAUCAUCAGCGGACCCACCGCGGACAUCAAGAAGAGACUAACACUCUUAAAGCAAGGCAAGGGCGUGGCGAAGCCGCUCAAAAUAGCGGGGACUAGCUCCAAGCUACGGGGGCCUGUGAAGAAGUAGGGGCCGCGGGUGAGAUCCGGGGGCCUGUGGUGGACGAAGCUUGUACUAUAAAUAUACGGAAACGGUAGCACGAAAGUCGUAGAUUGCUGUGUUUGUGGGCAUCUGUGGAUGUUGCAGGGUGGCUGCAGGGUUUGGAGACAGCCGUUGGUGUACUUCUGCUGGCACUCUGCAGAUUGAUGUGCUUCUGGGGAGCCAUUGGUUUAUGGUAAACUGUGGCAGGGCGAUCUGUUGAUUAUGAGCUCGGAGGUUUGUUUUUGGGUAGCUUCCGUGGAGCCAUCUGUCGAGUAUAUUCAUGUCACAUAAUUGUAAUUCUGGAGAUAG